UCUCACGGAGACACUCGUAGUUGAAGUUAGGGCACAAUCCAACGCGUAUUUUUUUUGAGACUUUUAAAAGUUGCGAAAACAUGUAUUGUAAGAUAUGUAGCUACUAUUUGCAUUACAGAUUUGAAAAUGAUAUUUAGCCAUCUUGUUUCUUUCUUUUGUUUGAUUUUUUGUUCUCAACAGAAACCAUUUGCGAAAUUAGCUAUAAAGUGACAUAUAGCCUAGCCUAAAGAGUCAACUAUGUAAGUGACUACAUCCAUGAAGGCUAAUUAUGAAUGUCAAAUUGCAGAAUUAUGAAACAUUAAUAAUUCUUUUUUUUUUAAUCAAGCGUCUAUUGCGUUCAGAGUAAAUAUGUGAAAACACACCAGUGAUGUCUUGACAGAGAUAACGCUACGUUGGAAUGAAAAACUUGUACUUUUAAGGGUUAAGGAUCGGUUUCUAGACUGAAAGACCCAAUGACCAAUCAGCGUCGCCCGAUCACCGUCCUGCAGACACAGCUUUCGGGAAUUGAGUCGUGCUUUGACAGGAAGGGUCGGCGGAGUACGGAGCAUGCAGUCUGAACCUUAUGCUGUAGCUGAAAAAAGACGCGUUUACACAUCUAUUAUUUCUCUAUGGGAUAAAACAUUUAUGUGGCCUUGAUAAUUGUGACUGAAAAGGGAACGUUUAUGAGGGAUUUGUGAAAAGUUUUGGAUGGAUGUAAAGACACGGAAGUAGAGCCUUCAUGCCACGACUAACUGCGAUGGAACUGAGCCGGCAGCUGUGCAUUAAGAUGCGGAAGCCGAAGAGGACGGAGACCACCGUGGUGCCGGUCCCCAGGUCGGCCCUGGAGAUCCACUUCUACCUGCACGAAGCCCACCCUCUGGAGUACCUGAGGGGCUGCCAUUCCGCCGAGAACCUGUGCACAGAGGCCGCCAGGAAGUGCGGUGUUUCUCCUCUCUGUCACAAUUUAUUUGCUCUAUACGAUGAGAGCAGGUGCAUCUGGUACCCGCCAAAUCACACUUUCAAAGUGGACGAGAGCACCAGCAUCAAGCUGUACUACCGCAUGAGGUAUUACUUCACUAACUGGCAUGGGACGAACGCCAAGGAGUCCCCAGUGUGGCGCCACUGCCUGAACAAGCAGAAGACCUGCCCCUCCAAGGCACCAGAGGGUACCCCACUCCUAGACGCUGCCUCGCUCGAGUACCUGUUUGCACAGGGGCAGUACGAUUUCAUUAGGGGCCUAGCUCCGCUGAGGAACGCAGCGAACGAGACAGAGGGCCAUGACAUUGAGGAUGAGUGCCUGGGCAUGGCGGUGCUCGCCAUUUCCCACUACGCUAUCAGCAGAAACCUGUCCCUGCCUGCUGUGGCAAGGGAGAUGAGCUACAAAAAAUUCAUCCCAGACAGCCUGAACAGAACCAUCAAGCAACGCAAUUUCCUCACCCGCAUGCGGAUCAACAACGUCUUCAACAACUUCGUCAAUGAAUUUGACAGUAAAACCAUCCGUGAGAGCAAUGUCUCCACACACGAUCUGAAGGUCAAGUACCUGUCCACGCUGGAGACCCUGACCAGGAACUUUGGCUGUGAGGUGUAUGAGACAAGUAUGCUGAGGAUCUUAAUGGAGAGCGAGAGGCCAUCUAGCAUCGACCACUCUGUUUACGAGGUGAUGGUCUCUGGGACUCGCGGUAUCAAGUGGCGGAAGAAGCCACACAAGCCUCUAUUGCUGCCAAAAGAGAAGAGCAGAUCCAAAAAGAACAAAGAUGGAAAGAGAAAGAGUGAGAAAAAGGUGGUCGCAGACAGCUGGACGCCAUUUUCCGAUUUCCAUGAAAUCACCCACAUUGUCAUCAAGGAGUCCAGAGUCACCAUUUACAGACAAGACUACAAGAAGAUGGAGCUGCAGCUGGACUUCCCGGCGGAGGCGUUGUCCUUUGCCUCUCUGGUGGACGGGUUCUUCAGGCUGACCGUGGACGCUCACCACUACCUGUGCAGCGAUGUGGCACCGUUCUCACUGGUGGAGAACCUGCAGAACGGCUGCCACGGCCCCAUAUGCACGGAAUACGCCAUCCACAAACUGCGUCUGCAGGGGAACGAGGAGGGAAUGUUCGUGCUGCGUUGGAGCUUCUUCGACUACAACCACAUCCUCAUGACUGUUGCCUGCAACGACGUGAGCCUGUAUGAGUCCAAGCAGUACAAGAACUUCCAGAUUGAGGUGGAUGCCCAGGGCUACAAGCUCUGUGGCACAGAGACCUACUGGCUGUCCCUAAAGGAGCUGAUGGCGCACCUGUCUGGACAGUACCUGCGCACAGACAACGUCAGCUUCUACCUCAAGAGCUGCUGCCCACCUGAACCGCGAGAAAUCUCCAACCUGCUGAUAGUAACCAAUAACAGAUCGGUGGAACCACCCACUGCAAAGAUGGGUCAGUUGAGCUUCCACAGGAUUCUCAAAGAAGACAUAAUCCAGGAGGAGCACCUUGGCUGUGGAACGAGGACCAACAUCUACGCAGGUGUGCUGAAGGUGAAGAGCGAGGAGGAUGAUGGGUACAACACCGGUCAGAAUGUGAAGGUGGUCCUGAAGGUGCUGGGCUCCAGUCACAGAGACAUCUCCCUGGCAUUCUUCGAGACAGCCAGCAUGAUGCGGCAGAUCUCCCACAAGCACAUCUCCCUGCUGUUUGGAGUCUGUGUCCGUGAGCAGGAGAACAUCAUGGUGGAGGAGUUUGUGGAGCUGGGCCCGUUGGACAUCUUCUUGCGUGGGAAACGGCACUUCAUCACCACGCCCUGGAAGUUCCAGGUGGCCAAGCAGCUAGCGAGCGCCCUCAGCUACCUGGAGGAUAAGAAGCUGGUCCACGGGUACGUGUGCACCAAGAACAUCCUCCUGGCGCGGGCGGGCCUGGACGACGACAGCGGACCCUUCAUCAAGCUGAGCGACCCGGGCAUCCCCAUCACCGUACUGACCAGCGAGGAGUGCGUAGCGAGGAUCCCUUGGAUCGCCCCAGAGUGCGUGAGGAACACCAAGGACCUGAGCGUGGCUGCCGACAAAUGGAGCUUCGGAACCACGCUGUGGGAGAUCUGCUAUGAUGGAGAGAUCCCCCUUAAGGACAAGAAGCUGGCCGAGAAGGAGAUGUUCUACACUAAAGAGUGUGUGCUGGCCACCCCAGACUGCAAAGAGCUGGCAGAUCUCAUGAGCCGGUGCAUGAACUACGACGCCCGAAAGAGGCCCUUCUUCAGAGCCAUCGUGAGGGACCUCAACAAGCUGGAGGAACAGAACCCCUCCAUCAUCUCUGGCAUGGUACCACCCCAGCCAGUAGACCCCACUGCGUUCGAGAAGAGGUUCCUGAAGAAGAUUCGAGAUCUAGGAGAGGGUCACUUUGGGAAGGUGGAGCUUUGCCGCUACGAUCCGCGGGGUGACCGCACCGGAGAGCUCGUGGCCGUUAAGUCCCUGAAACCGGAGAACAAGGAGAACCAGAGCAGCAACCUGUGGCGCGAGAUCGACAUCCUGAAGGGCUUGUACCACGACAACAUCGUCAAGUACAUGGGCGUCUGCAGUGAGGAGGGCGGAACCUCGAUUAAGCUGAUCAUGGAGUACCUACCUGCUGGCAGUCUGAAGGAGUACCUGCCCCGGUACAAGGCCCAGACGGACCUGAAGAGGCUCCUGAGUUAUGCAAUCCAGAUAUGCCAGGGUAUGGAUUACCUUGGAUCACAGAACUAUAUCCACCGGGACCUGGCAGCCCGGAACGUGCUGGUGGAGAAUGAGAACACAGUAAAGAUCGGUGACUUUGGCCUGACCAAGAGCAUCAAGGACAAUGAGGGCUAUUACACCGUAAAAGAUGACCUAGACAGCCCUGUCUUCUGGUACGCCCCAGAAUGCCUCGUCCACUGCAAGUUCUACCGUGCGUCUGACGUGUGGUCCUUCGGCGUCACCAUGUACGAGCUUCUGACCUACUGUGAGACAGAGUGCGGCCCAAUGGCGGUGUUCUUGAGGAUGAUUGGUCGAACCCAUGGGCAGAUGACAGUGACCAGAUUGGUGAAAGUGCUGGAGGAGGGGCAGAGGUUGCCCCGCCCACCCAACUGCCCAGAAAUGGUAUACACCCUGAUGCAGAAAUGCUGGGAGAACGAUCCGAAUAAGAGGAUCGAGUUUAAGAGCCUGAUCGGGGUAUUCCAGCAGCUAUUGGCCGAGAGAAUGUGACCUGACCGUGUCUGCGGCUGACUGUGACCACGCCACUCAAGCGACCCGCCCUUUCAGAGACUUUGUGAGCACAGGGCAUGCUGGCCAGGAAAGAAAUAUAUACCGCUAUAACUUGGCCUACUUCUGGGACACUUUUUUCCUCCCUUUCACCACUAGUGUUCCGCCUGUAUACUUCACCCGAUGCUGCGGUUAUGAUGGCCGACCGCUUUAAUCAUGUUGUGGUGGAUGAACGUGUUUUUAGAAGUGCCAGUACCGAAGUGUAAAUAGGGCCAAGGAACCUGCUAAACUUAUUUUAGCUUUCAGUAUUCCAUUUAGCUAUUUUUUCCUCUCGAGUUUGUGAUUUUCACUUCCUGUGCAAUUUCCAACCAUUGGCAUUAAGUUUUAAUUCUGCUUCCAUAGGUUCGCCCUCCUAGGAAACGUUUGCAUGGUUAUUUGAAAGGGGACUGAAAAUAUUUUAAAAAAUAUCAGAAUCCUAAAGCACUUGAAUGAUUAUUGUAUGAAGGAAACACCCACAAGGCAUCUACAGAUGGUCCACAGCACUGCCCAAAUCAGAGAAAGGCACACUUGUGCUGAAAGACAGUGUAAUCAGAAUUUCUGGGCCUCAAUCUCCACCUACAGUAGUUCCUUUUCAGGUGACAUCCAUUCAAGGAGCCUCAGAAGACAUCAGUCCUAUAUCUCCCAUAAUCACUCUAAAGAGAGUCCGAGUCCUCCAGGCCUGGCUUGUAAUGUUGCUUUGGUCUUUGGGUAAAAUGCAAAUAAAAUAUUUGCUCUGAAGAUACGCUGAAAUCAAAAUGUCGGUGGUGGAAAAAAAAAAAGGUUGGUUCCCCAUGUCAGACACUAGAGGACAGCGUUGACUGCCAGUUAACAUCUAUUAUCGUAGAAAAUAACGCACUUGUAUUAUGCAGGAUUCUUUCAAUGCUUCCUUUCCAAAUUAAACAAUUUUGUGAGUUAGUAUACGUUAUUACUUAUAUUACAUGUAAGACGAGAUGUAGGAAAUAAGUUGUGAGUGAAGAGAGUUCUUAUGAAAGGUUAAAGAGCACGCACCGGGCUUCUUGAGAACAGACGUGCCUUUAACCCUCGAUCGUGAUCUAUUCAGUAACGAGAGCUGGAGAAGAUGAAUGGAGGAUGCGAGUGUGCUUCCGUGUUUACUCCGGAAUGUACCGUAAACAUUUUGUCCUGUCGCAGAAGGCUUGCCUUCGCCAAUAGACCCUGAGCCUGCAAUUGAACAUUGAAGAGAUAAGAAGGGGUAGUGCCUGUGCGUUUAUUCCCAAAUACAUUACACACAGACAUUGCCAUUGGAACUUGGAGAGGAAAAACAGGAAUGUCAGGAAAGUAAAUGUUCAUAAAUGCAUAUAUAAAUUCAAAUAAACUUUUUUUUAAACAAAAA